GUUUCGCCAUUUAUUCCAUGGUUUUGCUCAGUUGUUCCACGGUGGUUUACAUGGUGGUUUAGGGCUUGCCUGGGGGCUUAGUGUCUGUGGUUUCUACAUUCCCAUGCUGUAUUCGGUGUGAGUUGGGUGCGUUUUUUAUUUGACACUCUAUGCGCAACGGAAACGAAUGCAACACGCAAAGUUUGCGCGGUACGGAGUGGCUACCAUCCGGAGCGGCGUGCUGUGUUUCUAGCUUCGAUCGCCCGACUGGGGAAAGUGUCGGAGUGUCGGUGUGGUAGGCGUAGCGUCUUGCUGUCAAAGCGGUGGUUUCUGAUCAGGGCCACGUCAAACGCUACUGAGCCGCAGUCGUGACCAGGCUGUGAACAGGACGACAAACGAAGUGAACUCCGGCUCGAUCAACACGUAAAGUUCUGUGUGGCCUUCAACAAACUAAGGCAAUGGUGGUGAAAAACAUCUGCUGCAUAGGAGCCGGCUAUGUUGGGGGUCCUACGUGCAGCGUUAUUGCCCACAAGUGCCCUGACAUCAAAGUUGUGGUCGCAGACAAGAGCCCUGAGCGCAUCAAGCAGUGGAACUCUGAUGAGCUGCCUAUUUAUGAGCCUCAAUUGGAUGACAUUGUCAAAAGCUGUCGUGGACGGAACCUCUUCUUUUCAUGCGACAUAGACAAGGCUAUCCAGGAAGCUGAUCUGAUCUUCAUUUCAGUCAACACGCCAACGAAGAACUAUGGGUUUGGAAAGGGAAGGGCAGCCGACCUGCAGUAUGUGGAGGCUGCUGCCAGGAGCAUAGCUGAGAAGGCCACUACGCCAAAGAUUGUUGUCGAGAAAAGCACGGUCCCAGUCAAGGCUGCAGAGAGCAUUAGCCGUAUCCUCAAGGCCAACAUCAUUCAGGGAGCUAACUUCCAGGUUCUUUCAAACCCUGAAUUUCUAGCCGAAGGCUCAGCUGUUGCGGACUUACUUGACCCAGACCGCAUCCUCAUUGGGGGAGAGCAGACACCCGAAGGCCAGGCAGCUAUUCAAGAGCUGUGUUCUGUGUACAAGCACUGGAUUCCUGAAGAUCGUAUCAUCACCAUGAACACCUGGUCUUCAGAGCUUUCCAAACUGGCUGCAAAUGCUUUUCUAGCCCAGAGGAUUUCUAGCAUCAAUGCAGUCUCUGCAAUCUGUGAGUCAACGGGAGCUGACGUUUCUGAAGUGGCACAUGCCAUUGGGAGUGACAGCAGAAUUGGGACAAGGUUUCUACAAGCCAGUGUUGGUUUUGGAGGCAGCUGCUUCCAAAAAGAUGUGCUGAAUUUGGUUUACCUGUGCGAAUGCCUCAAGCUUCCAGAGGUUGCCAACUACUGGUAUCAGGUUGUAGAAAUGAACAGCUUUCAGAGAACUCGGUUUGCCCAGCGAAUUAUUGAGCGGCUCUUCAACACUGUGGCCAGAAAAAAGAUCGCAGUGCUUGGCUUUGCCUUCAAGAAGAACACUGGUGACACUAGAGAAAGUGCAGCUAUCUACGUGUGCAAACACUUGAUGGAAGAAGGAGCCUUUCUCAACAUCUAUGACCCAAAAGUCCCAAAGCAACAGAUCAUCGAUGACCUCAUUGGCUCAGGAGAACAGGGCGAUGUGUUAAAGCAAGUGGAGAUUUUCCAGGAUGCCUACUCUGCUGCUCAAGACACCCAUGCCAUUGUUAUUUGCACAGAGUGGGAUGAGUUCAAGUCUUUGGACUACCAACAGAUCUACAACGCCAUGUUAAAACCUCCGUUCCUCUUUGACGGGAGGCGCAUUGUUGACAUCGCCAAGCUCGAAUCCAUCGGCUUCCAGGUUGAGGUGGUUGGCCAAAAGACGGCGCGUCACAGUCUCAACCGUCACAUUGCCAACCACAUCUGAGGUGGGGUGGCCACUGGUGCCUCAUCCUGGCUGCACUGCCAAGCUCUAGGUUUUUGUUGCAUUUUUAGGGUCCACACGCAUAGUUCAGAGCAUCACAAUUGCGUUUGCUACCCUUGUGGGCUACGCAAGCACAAUUAGCUGAUAGCAGAUGUGAUGGAAACCCUCCCACUUUCGAAGUUUAGCUUUCCAAGAUCAGCUUGAAGUAAUAUGUUGAAUAACAAUGCAUUUUGUCACAAUUUGUUUGCAAGAUCAUUGCUAUGUAAUCAAGGUUGUAAUUGUAAUGGGUCAGACUGAUUUGCAUCAGUGGCACCCGUAAGCAGUAAUAACCCUAGCUGAAGUAAAAAAGAACAUAAUCUGAUGCUUUGAUUUGGAUGCCAUGGAAGCCCUGAAGUAUUCUCAAAACGCUAAAGUUACCGUAUUUGCAUGGUUCUACCGCGCCUCCGAUAGUAACGCGCAGUUAUAUUACUGGCCAAAUAUCCAAAAAAUAGCUUGGUGCCGAUUCUACCGUGCACAUCAAGUAACGGAACCUGAGUUGACAGGUACUGUGUUGAGACGAUUUUACGCAACGUACAAAGGCACGCAAACAGUUUUUUUACAUCCUGCCUCUGGACUACCUCGACAAAAGGCGGUUGAGCAGAAGCACCAUGACAGGUGUACAGCAAACUGGAAAAUGUCGACCGUAAACCAAGGCAUGAAGAAACAAUGUCCGUUUGAUGGCAGUGUGGCUAGCUACCUUGCAUAGAGCUUUUUUUUUUUUUUUUUUUAGUAGUAAGAACCGGUUUCGUUUAUGAUUUUGAGUAGAAUUAGUUAUGAUUGUAACGCGCAUGCAAAUUUGAACGCGCUUUUUAUUCAAGAAAAGUGCGCAUUAGAAUCGUGCAAAUAUGGUAUGUCUUCUCUUUUGCUUGCACUACUAUUUAUGAGGGCAGAAAGCAUGCUGGGUUUAACAGAAGCUUGCAUUUGAGGUACUUAUAGUUGGAAUUGAGUUGUGAUUUAUGUAUUUGCCUUGCAUUACAAGCAGUAUAUAGGCUGCACUUGGCUUCUAAUGCACCCUUUGCUCUAUCUAAUCCAGACGGAGUAGUACAAGUGGAACAGUAACAGCUCUAUUGUGCAACUGAUGUGCAAUAUACUGUGUUGAAGCGGUGAAUCAAAAUGCAUCAGCAGCCAGUCAGUAGAGAUCUGAACACCAUAUCACGUUUCUUGUGCUUGGACAUCUUUUAGAUGCUCUUAAUCAUUUGUACGGGAAUUCAAUGUAUACCGUUUGCUACAGUGCCACGAAACACUUUAUCAGGGCAUGCACUGCACAAGGUAUGCCAGUAGCAGCUGCUGUUCUGCCAGGUGAUUCUUUUUUACACAUUUUAUAUACAAGUCUUAUUGUGUUGUGUAUUUCUUGCGUCUGUGUAGCACAGACAUUCUUUGUUCCUAUAUUUGGCAAUGUAUGUAGGCAUUUCUUUUAGCACUUGGUAAAGAGACUCAUCUUUAGGGCGUUCCGACACAAAGAGAACCUCUAUCCUGUGUUUUACACUUGUUAUUCUUAGUGAUGAAAUCAAAGAGUGUUACUUGCUCCUCUAGGUUGUUGGCAUAAGCUUUUGUCUUGCAUGUAUGACGGGCUUCUUGUGUUUAUUUCUUAGUUGAGUGAUAAGUAUUUUCUUUAAGUAGUCAUUGUAUGAUGUACUUUGUGUGCUUUUUAUGCAGCGGUGCUUGUUUAUGCUGGUGCUUUAAAAUUCUGUGCUUAUAUGCCACCCUUUACAGUGGUACACUGCUCUUCUUUUUUUUUUUAUCCCUCUAUGUGUUCUCCGGUGUUAUACUUUCCUCUCAUUUUCACUUGCCACGUAAGUACCAAGAAAAAACAGUUUUUACCAACAACGUAGACCACUGUCUUUCACCUGAAUAUAUGACGUAUAUGAUAACAAAUUCUUGUGUCUAAAUAACAUGUCAGAUGUAUUCAUAUGUCUUGUGUGGUUAUAGCUAAGUUGCGCUGCAGUGAAUGCUUGGUUUCCAGAAGGAUGCUAACCACUAUCACUAUUAAAAUUCAGUUUACUUUCAUCUUCCGUACAUCUUUAGCACUGCAGUAUGAAUAAGAUGGUGAAAAACAGUUUAUCUCAUUGCAAUCUUACUGGGUUUCUGCAGUACCUAUCUCUGAAGCUCAGCAAUGUAUAAAUUGCAGCACUGAUAAUGACAUAAUGAUAAUGACAUUUAUCAAUGCAACUGGUUCAUUUACACAAAGCAUGUGGUAAGUUGGCUGCCAUGUUGGUGAAAUUUGUUGAGGUCAAAAUAUGCUACUCAAGAAAACAUCCAGCGAUCGAGCGACUAAAGAAACAUCAAAAUCUAACUGUGAAAAGGACAAUAGAUGUAAACACUAAAUAAAACGAGACUGGUGUAGUUUACUCAUUAGAAACUCAUUACGUAAUUUAUUGGUGAAGAACAAUAGGUUUUUGGUGGAGAAAAUAAAGGCCAGGAAUUCCUUUCUUAGAUUUCAUGCCCCAACAACUGUACUAGUGAGAUUAUUGUAACAUAGUCUAACUAGUGGUAUUUCACACAUCUGACUCUGCAAGAAAAGUCCACAAUCUUUGCCAUGUCAAGUUUUCAUUUGUUUAUUAAUGCAAUGCGACCUUAUAUUUUUCUUUUGAUAAACAGUUAGCUAAAUUUUGGUUGAGAUGCUGCCACAGUCUGCAAGAUCAUGAGAAAGUUUUCGUGAAAAUUUCAAAGUGGCAUUGCCUCCUACCUCUCACUUGUACAUUGCAAGAAAUGCUUGAAAUUCAAAGCAUGCCCUUUGACUUCUAUAAUUUGUAGGUCAUGACUAUCUGAACGAUCGACAGGCGCUGGAUUCAUAACUGACUGUUGGUACCAUAAAUAUUCUUUUUGCAGUGGAAGUGACUUUCAUUGCCCCAAGUUUCACUUGAUCCCUUCGAAACACUUCCUGCUUUCCAAUGUGCUUUGCAAAUGACAGGCAUAAAAUUAUAUACUAGUAUGUUUCUAGCUGAGGCUGUUUAUUGCUCAGUUUUAUCUCUUUGUUGUGCUGUCUGCCCCCUUUUUUCCUGCUUAUCUUUUAAUUUAUUAUGGGCUUGUAGUGUUUAAAAGCAUAACACUGGUUUUUACAAAAUGUUAUGUGUCGGUUGAAUUCGGUUAUUUUAAUGUGCUUGACUGUGUUUUUGUGGCUAUAUAUCCUCAGAUUUGCAUUUUAUAGUGUAGUUAUCCGGAAUGCUGAACAAUAUGUGGCUUAUAAGCCAUACACUUGGUAUUAUAUUCUGUCCAUGUUUUCUGUUUUGUUUCUCAAACACUACAUUAGAAGUUGACUGUGUCGAGUAAGCAUUUCAAAGACAAAAUUUACUGUAAGUGCCUGCAGACCUAUCUCCUACAUGACUGCUGCUCUCCCAAAGUACUGUAUUAUCUUAUCCUUCUGUUUGAUUUUGAGGUGUCAUUACUGCUGUUGUCAGUGAAGUCAAAGGUUCAUUUUGGAAGUAUUAUCAUAGAUUUAAUGCUGUCCGAUCUGUUCACGUGUUCGACAACAAUAAAUUUAUUUUUGUACUCAG